AUGACCAUUCUUGUAGUUCUUAACAUGGAGGAUAAUGUGAAGAAACUCCGGACCGAUGCAGCGUUUACCAUGAAGAAACUGUACGAGCUUGAAUGUUGUACCUCAGCAAACCCUCCAACUGAAUGUAUUUUCAUCAACAAAUACAAGAUUCGGGGUCUUCUUGUUGGUUUGGCUGAACAGGCCAAGUCGCUUCUUUAUACAGGCAGUCUUGACGCAGCGCUCAUAUGGGGUUUUUUCACAGCCAAGUUAGCGAAUAAUUACAUUGAGACAGAGGAACCGCGUGCAGAAGCAAGAAAACGUCUCAAGGAAGUUGUCAAGUACAUGAAUAGCCGCACAGACGUGCCGGACAAGGAGGCCUUGAUAAAAUUUUCGGGUCUUUUGCAAUACACGUACAACUCAUUAGCCGUGGCCUCUGAUCCGGUUGCACAAGAUGGGCAAGAAUCUGUGCUGUACUGGUUAGAGAAGGCUCAGAGUGCCUAUAAGAAACACAAGGCAGUGUUUGGUGAAUCAGAAGGUCCAGAAUGCUGGGAAUCUCUAGGCAUUCCAUUUUCACCCAGCCCACGUGAUUAUCUCAUAAAGGAAGUAAUGUUUGAAAUCGGUUACACAACAACGCUACUGAUUCACAAGACUUACUCAAACAAUGGCGAUAAACAAAAGUCAGCAGAUUGUUGUCGUGAAACGUUGUGGCGACAGUUGCACUUCGGACCACUGGUUGACAAAAUUCUGGCCAUGUUUGGGGCUCUGAAUCACGCCGAGGCGUGUUUACCGGUUAUCGCGGACUGUGAGGAGUCGAUUGCAGUGCCGCCUGUUGAUUGGCUGGUUAAUGCGCUGCAUCGAUUCGACCCAGUGGAAUGGGCGAGAAAUGCCUCGAUGUUGAGCGAGUUCUACGCCGAGAAGGGAGAAUUCACAAGCGCCUUGGAAUGCCUCAUGCUCUCUAAAACCAUUCUCUGCGAUCGUCUGCAACCCGCAGAAGGCAGAGAUGUGUCCGAGAGUUGUGCAGAGCUACGUGAAACAAAGAUUUGGGCCGAUGUUUCCCGAUUAACAGCUGAAUACUCCCUCCGUCUUUUGGAACAGGGAAGCAAAGUUGUGCUUGGUUCAAGAUUCACUGCCGACUCAGCAACUGCGAAUCAAGGCAGAAAUGCACCAACAUAUGGCAAACUGUUCAACGAAGACACGAGUGCUGCGUUACUCGAGGCGUUUGGUAAAGACGCAGGAGAUGUGGGUCUGGCGGAGAUUAUCGGCGUGCUGUCGAAACAGCCAGAAACCUACUCAGAUGCAGCUUGUCUGUUUCGAUGGACGUGCCGUUUGCUUUCCGAGGCGUCCAGUUAUUAUACUCUGGACGAACGCUGCACCGACGCCAUUGAACUGAUACGAGCUCACGCCAGAGCCUACGAUUUCCUCGCCUCAUUCGAGCCCGAUCUUUCUAGGAGGUGUUGUAUGCAGAAGCGAAGGGUUGAUUUGCUUGAUGCCCUCCUGUCCAAGUUAAAUCCUCAGUUCUACAUGGUGGCUUGUCGUCAAAUCAUGUUUGAAUGUGGUGACGCGCUGACCGCCCUUCGAGACCUUAACGAGAUGAAAUUAAAGAAUUUCUCUGCGAAGCACAGCAAACCUGAUUCGUCAGCAACCGCUGAAAUGGAAAGGCAGGCAAAGAAGGUGAACGCACUGGCUCGCAGAGCGCUUGGCAUGUUCGAGCGACUCCUGUCGUCUUUUAAAACGCCUGUUGAUCAAACUGAGCCGGAAUUCUACGAGGAAGAAUGGCUCUACUCCGUUCUGAUGGCGCAUUUCCACUCGGCCCGGUUGCAGUCGAAACUGCUGACAGGCAACGUCGCAAGCCGUGCACACACACUGAACCUGGCGCUGGACGAAUACAGACAGGUGGUGGCGAUUGCGGACAGGCACGCGGCGCUGUCCUACAAACUGCCACCGGAAGUGGACAUCGCUAGGGAAAUGAUCCACCUUCUGCCCGCGCAGAUGUCGAGGCUUCGCGCCGACGACUGA